CAUCCGGGGAUUUAGCCCCAAAGCCCUCGACUGUUUAGCCCGUAACCUGUUGCCAGACGCGUGCGCUAUUGGUCUGAGGCAGUGUCUGUCACAGGGUGUUAUGCAUGGAGCGUCAAAGAGCCAAAGGAGCGCAUGCUCAGUGCGCACAGGACUCACCUGGGACACGUUGCUCAGCUGCGGUUGAAAGUCCCCUACGCUAAAGGACCAAAUGAUGCACUACAAUACAAACUGUGCUACACAGUUGAGGCUUCAUAACCAGCUCAUGACGAGGCUGGAUGCUAAAACUAAAACAAGACGUGGACACCACAGGUGACUGUGCCUUUUUUCCCACUCGCCAUAACCAACGAAAGUUCCCUCACUUGGGCUGAGUACCUGUCGACAGGUGUGUGUCUGAUUUGUAUACCGCAGGCAAUGGGAAAAUGCUGCAAACGCAAUGGGAGACUGCUGUGCUUGUGUCUGCUGCCUUGUAUGAUGACUGGCCAUCUUUUAAUUUAUAUUGGAGUCUCCAUAUUCAUCACCAUCUCCUACGCUCCGCCAAAAAUAAUUCUCCACUAUAUUGCUCCAGGGAUUUCUGCUAAUUCUUCAACUAUGGCCUCCCAUCCACUUGGGCCUUUCUGGAACCUUCGUUUGGAGGACAGUGCUCUGUGGAACCAGCUUCAGCAUGCUUGGGACCGUGAGCACAAUCCACUACUGAGAGGAAACACAACUCGCAUACAGAGGAAGCCCAAAGCUAAGUUUUUAUCAGAGAUUAACAAUGAAUGUCUUUCUGACAACACUUCACACAAGUGUUCAGUCCCUCACAUGCAAGAUAUAAACAGGCUGCCAGAACAGAUUAGGGCAUUUAUCAGGUCAAUGUACUACAGGGAGUACCCCCUUCUUAUCAACCAACCUGGUAUGUGUAGGAAAGACAACAGUAGCUUUGAUCUGGACUCUCCCAUGCUCCUCAUGGCUAUCAAAUCUCAAGUGGGGAACUUUGAAAAUAGGCAGGCAAUCCGUGAAACGUGGGGACGCAGUGGUCUGGUGGAAGGGGAAUCAAAUAAAAAAGGUGGAUUGGUGCGCACAGUCUUUCUUCUCGGAAGGCAGGAUUCAAGUACGGGUCCACACCCAGACCUAAAAAAUCUCCUGGAGCUAGAGAACCUGAAGUAUGGGGAUAUUCUACUGUGGGACUUCAGAGAUACUUUUUAUAAUUUGACCCUAAAGGACUUGCUGUUCUGGCGAUGGUUCAAGCAGUACUGUCCCACUGCCAUCUUUGUUUUCAAAGGGGACGAUGACGUCUUUGUCAGAACAAAUGCCCUUCUGGAUUAUCUCCACGAGAAGGAGGAGGAGCACAAACUACAGCUAGCUUUAAAAAGGAAAACUGAGAUGAAUAUGUUCAUUGGGGACGUGAUUACUAAUGCAAUGCCAAAUCGUGAACCGUCCACAAAAUACUACAUACCAGAAAAUUUCUACAAAGGAGUGUACCCACCCUAUGCUGGUGGAGGAGGGGUGGUGUAUUCUGGAUCACUUGCACUACGUUUGAAAGAGGUGUCUGAGAGGGUCCACCUUUUCCCUAUUGAUGAUGUGUAUCUUGGAAUGUGCCUGCACAGACUCGGGCUUUCUCCAACCCAUCACCCGGGGUUUUUAACAUUUGACCUCCCAGCAGGAGAAAGGGAAAAUCCUUGUGCAUACAGAUCUGUUGUGCUCGUUCACAAACGGAGUCCCAAGGAGAUGGUUACUCUGUGGAAAAAGCUCCAGAACCUGCCUGGUCAAUGCUGAGGCUCAUUUGCCAACCAAAUAGGACUCAGUGAGUACAGGAUGACUGCUACAACCACACUCACUGGCUUCAUCUUCAUAUCAAUCAGGCAUUGUCACGUUAAGUAAGGUCACAUAAUGGACAUUUCCUGUGAGGACUUAAACACUGAAUAGGAGACCAAUCUACCUCAAAGAGGGUUUGUUAAUAAGGCAUCACAGAUUAAGGGCACACUUUCUAGCCCCUUAUUCACCAUUUGUAUGUAUUCACUCUUCUUUAACUUAAAGGUUUUAUUUUGGUAACUAUAGAAAAUAUUUUACCACUGUAUAUGAUUUAGAUGUACUUGUAAUACAGUGGCUGGUGAACAUAGUUUUUUUCCCUUUUCUUAAAUUUCUUGGCACUAUUUUCUUCCCUUUAAGUCAGCAGUUCCUCUUAAAAUGUUCACUUCACUUUCACUUCAAAACUGCAAACACAGCUUGAUUAAAUGUAUAAUUUUCAUGUGAUGCCUUCUGUACCUCAAAAAAAGCAAUGCUUGACUUUGAAUGGCGUAUAUCUGCACGGUUGUAAUCCUUUAAAAAAAACAACUUUGUUUGCCUUUUUUUUAAUGUUCUCUGCUGCCAGAAAAAUAUUUUUUUUAGCAUCACUCUAUGAUGCUAAGUUCUUCUAAAUUUCAGAUUUUUAUUCACUCAUAAAGCAUAAAACAACAACGUCUUUCAAGUCAUGACAAUCUGAAAAUCACUGAUAAAGUAAAAUUAUGCAGUUGUUAUUCAAAACGCUAUAAGUUGUCGUUUUAAUUGCCUUAAACAUGUACAAUGUUCAUGGGUAUAUAGAUGUUGUAAUACUGGAGUUUGGUUGUGAAUAAAAAAAAGAACUUUAGCAUUUCUCUAAAGAUAAAAUACUCAGUAGGAGUUUAAGUGCAUUAAUAGACACAUUACAAAUCAGCAGCAUGGCACAAACAGCAAAGAUCACAUUUAAGUAAAUAUUUCCGCACUUGCAGUCUGAAAUGUUUAUGGAUAACUCUAGUGUUUGGCGCGCUCGUCUCUUCUUUCUUCUUGAUUAUAUUAGUAGCCCAUUCUUGUCUGGUCUCAGUUAUUGAUCUUAGUACUAAUAGGCAGACAGUGGCUUCAGAGUAAUACAGUUGGAGGAGUCCAUCCAAAGACCAGACAGGAAAGAUUAUUGAGAUGAUGAAUACUAAACACAAAAUACAUAUUUUUUAAAACACUGUAUAAACACAACACUCUAGUUGUGUUUAUACAGUGUAUACAUAUACAUUUAUAUGUAUUUAUAU